GAAGCUCAGCAGCCAGACAAGUCAGCAAAUUAUGCUCCUUAGUCACAAGGGACAAAGCUAUCCUUCCCAGUUAGGAAAGGCUGUCAAUUGGGUUACUCAUUAUGUCUAUGACACCAACUGGCUUAUUCUGAGCGCACACAGGGUGAUUAUUUGGGAUCCUUGGUCUCCCAAGUUAGAAGCUAUGCUCUGAAGUUAGACAGGUUACCUGUUUGGCUGUUUGCUAGGUGAGGCCAUAGAUAGGCACUGAGCCAGGUGGGGUUACUUUCUGCUUAGUUAGGUAGAGCCAAAUAAUACUCUGCUAUGAGGUACAGACAACAUGUUGUCCUGGGGAGCAGACAGACAGGCUUUGUGACCACAUUGGUUGCUUGAUAGGGAGGACUGGUAAGUGUGUUCCCUUGGACAGAUGGAGGCACAGGAGCAGAACAGCUGACUGGGCUCUCCCACCAAGAGUGCCACUGAUAGUAGAGACACAGCUGUACCCCCAUCUUAUCAUCCUGCCCCAUUUGUUGUUUUUCUGUGCUCUGCUGAGUCAUUCAGUGCUUUUCAUUGAACAAGAUAGAUGGAGACCUCCCCCAGGGCACCUCAGAGUUCUGGGGAGCUCUAUGUUUGUUUCUGGUUCCCCAGUACAGAGAGACCUUAGGUCCAGGGUCACCAUCUUGGUAAGGCUAAUCCUAGACUGAGGAGGGACAAUGCAGUCAGAGCAAAUGCUUCUUUUCCCUUCACACAUGGCUUUGGUGGCCCAUGGGAAAGGUUAGUCUCAUCUUCCAGUUGCUGUGUUUGAGUCAGGGGGAGGUAGUUGCUGGUUGGUCAUUCUGUGUUGGGCACUAAGUCACAGACAUCCUGACAUCAACAAAGAUGCCUUCCUAACAUAAGGUUAUCUGUCACCAUCUGGCAUUCCUAUUCAGACUGUGGAAACAUCACUCAGGUAAUCUCUUAGCUUGGUUUCUAUGGCAGUAAUAAAACACCAUGAGCAAAAACAAGUUGGUAAGGAAAGGGUUUAUUUGGCUUAUAGUUCCGCAUCAUAGUCCAUUCUUGAAGUCAGGGCAGGAACUCAGGCAGAAACCUGGAGUCAGGAAUUGAAGCAGACACUGUGGUGGCAUAGCUUACUGGCUUGUUCAGUUUGCUUUCUUAUAUAUCCUAGAACAGCAGGUCCUGAGGUGGUGCUGCCCACAGUGACUGGACCCUCCCACAUCAACCAUCAAUCAAGAAAGUGUCACACAUACAUGUCUAACAGGAUGUCCAUCGAACAUGAGAGCACAGAGACAUUUCCCUUUGAACUUAUAUUCCAGCACUUCAAGAGACAGAAAGUGAUGAUUUCUAAUGCGAUAAGAAGUACAUUUCCUUUUCUUGAGAGCCUCCGAGACCAUGGAUUCAUCACUGGUAAAAUGUAUGACGAUUUGCAAGAUUCUUGUAGAGCGCUGAUCCCUGUAGACAGAGUGAUCUACAGAGCCCUGGAAGAACUGGAGAAGAACUUUAAAAUGGAGGUCCUGUGGGAAUUGUUCAAUGAGGUCAACAUGGAGAAGUACCCCGGUUUGAAAUUCAUUUGAAAAUGGUAAUUGGGUUUAACAUCGCCCCUUGAGAGCACAGUCCUUUUUGUUGUCAACAAACAUAUAUUAAGCUUUUAUCAUGUGCCAUAUAUCAUGCAGGGCAGUUGAGGCUAUAGCAAUAUGAAACUAAUGCAUCAUGCACCCCCUGAAAACUUAUGACUAAUGGCUACAGUUGACACCCUCCAGAGCUCUGCUGCUGGGCAUUUAGGCUCUCAGGACAAUGGGAGGCAUACCAUCCUCAGGUUAUGUAGAAGAGGAUAGGAUUAGAAGUGCUGGUUGUCAGUAGGGUAGCACUGUUGUGUCUCUUCAGUGGGAACCCUUAUAACGAUAUACAUGGCAGUACAUGGUUACUGCCCUCCUUGAGUGACAGCUCAGCUGUGGAUGCAGGAUCCAUCUUAGUGUAGCACCUCAUGCUCAUAGAAACCAAUAAUCUGUGAGCCAGCUCUUCAAUCCCAUCUCACCCAUCUUCAAAGCUGCUGGGGCUUCCCUUUGGUAUGUUCCAGAUCCUAGACCUUUGAUCCAUGCAAACCUCCUGUUUCUUCUUACCAUUGUGAUACCCUGGAAGCCAUGUUUUGCUUCUCUUUUUCCUGUUCUGAUGUAGUCCUUUACUCCCCUCUGAACACUGUAAUUGCAACAUAGCUGACAGAGUUUCUUUUCCUUUUUUGUUCUUGACCUUGAGUGUUUCAUUUCUGUGUGGACAACAUAAAGUCAAUUCUGGGAGUCUUCUCUCUCCCAGGGAAUGAUGGGUGAACCUUGUCAUGGGAAGCCCAUUGAACUUGGAGUGACUGGAGAGCUAGAAAUCCCUAAAUGUGUAAUUGUGAAACACUGUCCCUUUUCCCUGCUAGAGAUGUCUAAUGGCUUCCUCUU